AUGUGAAAAAAAGUUUUCUUCCUGUUUUUCGCAAGUCGUGACUGAAAAACUUGUAAAUUUUGCCGAAAUCUAUCAGUUAUUUAAUUUAUACUUAGUUAUUAUUGUAUAUAAUGUUCCGUGCUACGAUUUGAACUAACUUUGCGAUAGGUUGAAGUGGUUUUAUUCUUCUCAACAUGGGAGCGCCAUACGCGGAAUUAGAAAAACCUUUGGAAGAGUAUGCCGUGCUCUGCCGGGGUUGCCUGGCGGAGUCCGGGGUCAUGAAGGACAUGGUGGAGUGGGGCCUUACCGAGGACUUCUUUAUGUUCAGUAGUGUGCAGGUGGACCAAUCCAACGGCCUGUCGCAGCUGCUCUGCACCACGUGUGAAGACUUGCUGGACAAGUGCAAGAGCUUCCGCGAGCAGUGCCGCAAAUCGAACAACGUUCUGAUUGACAUCAUGAAGAAAAAAUCUAAAGAAACGUCUAUAUCGCCUGAACCGAUCGUCGAAUUGGUUGAAAAUAAAAACGAUGAAACAGAGGAACAGGAAACCGACCCCAUCUCAAUAUCCUGCAUCCUCUGCGAAGACCAACUAAUCAUCAUGAUAACUGCAGCGGACACCGAAUCUAAAAUAUACUUCUCCUGUCCCUACAGUUGCACCGACAAGUUUCUCAAAAAGCCCGAUUUGCUCCAUCAUCUAUCAAAAUACCAUAAUGUAGACGAAAAGUCGUUCGAAAUCGAAUUCCGAUACUACUGUGCUUUUAAAGACUGCAAUUACCACGCCAGCAAUACUAAAGAAAAUAAAUGGUUUUCCGGCAGGAAGUUUCUGAACCAACAUUAUAACAAAGUGCACAAGAACAAACGACUCCAUUGCGACGUUUGUAGCCUCAGAUUCACGACCGAUUCUGAGUUUAACAGACAUCUAAGUACGUGUAAUAUGAAAUACUCAUGUCCAGUGUGCCCGAUGGAUUACGAUCUGAACGAGAAAUUGCUGGUACAUUUGAUGCGGCGACACCCUGAAAUACACAAACAGUAUAAAAAAGACCGCAAAGCAUAUAAACGAAAGGCCAAAGUAGAGACUGAGACGAAAAAGGCUAAAGUGGAGACAGAGCGGCUUGAAAACUACAUGUGUGACAGUCCGAAGCGCUCUUUCGCGACUCAAACCUUGAAACCUGAAGAAAAUAUAAAAAAUGACGUCUCGCUAUGGAAUAUUCCCGGCAAAAGUGACGAAGCAAAAACCGACGAAAUAUCAACGCAAACUGUUUUCGAAGACCUUUUAUCCCUAAAAUCGCAGAACAGCGAAGAUGAAUCCAUAUUUUUCUCAGAAACAGUCUCCCUAUCCGAUAUUCAAACUCAAACUUUCCCUCUUGAAUUUGGCUUGAGUCGUUCUAACAAAGAAACGAUUACAUCGGAAACCCAAUCUCCAGAUUUGAGCAUAAAAGAAACCCAAACCUGCGUAUGUCUUUACGAUUCGCCUAAAACAAACUAUAGACUCUUCGACAGCGUAUCAUCAAGUCCCUGUAGCAUCAAUUUGACGUCGACUGAGACUCAGACGGCCGAAUUUAGGUCGAGCUUGAGAGCUGAUGUGUUAUUGAGCUUCAACAGCACUGAGACGCAGACGUGCUUUGACGAGGAUCUGGAUAAAAGCGCUUUGUGAUGGCUAGACUUCUAGCCCGAGUCAUUCGGUUUUGUGGAUGACAUCGCGGCAAUGCAGCAGACUGAUCUUGAAAAGCAUGAAAAAUUUUAAAGCUUUAAUGUUAGUUAAGUUUAACUUUUGGAGGUAUAGUCAAACUUGUUCUGACCAACUUACUUACUAAAAGUUAUACGCGUAUUAAACACUAGUUUAAAAUUAUAUUUCCAGACUAAAACUUACUUUUAUUAGUAAGUGAGUUAAUAUUAUGGAGAGAAACGUAUUUUGGGACUACUAAAAAUUUUAUUGUUGUUAUUUUUGAUAUUCUAGGCAAGUGUAAUGUUUCGUUUCAAAAUUGAGAAGUACUGAAAUAUUAUUUAGUUAAUUGUAACUUUAUUUUUAUGGCUUUCUUUGAGAUUGAUAACAUUAUGGUGUUAAUUAAGAUGAUUACAGAUACUAUAUUUUAAUUAAUACAAUUUAAUUCUUCUAGUCAAGUCUAGAUCCAGUAAUUGAUGUCCAUUUUAAUAUAGGUUUUUAUUCGAUAUUAUAACUCGAAUUUAAGGUUUUAUAAUGUCCGGUAACUACGGUAUUUUUAAGAGUAAGUACCUAGUUUAUAGAACUUAAGAAUUUUCCAGACAGUGGCGUAGCUUGACUGGACGGGCCCAGUAUCAAAAAACAUAGCCCUCCUUCUGGCGCAGUCGGGUAAAAAAAGGUUAUUUUUGAACCUAAAAAAGAACCGUAAACUGGGGUCCCUUAUCUAUCAUUGAUACGACUGCAGCUACGCCCCUGCAAGUUCAUAUAGAUUGUAAAAGGUUAUUUUUGAACCUAAAAAAGAACCGUAAACUGGGGUCCCUUAUCAUUGAUACGGCUGCACUUACGCCCCUGCUUCCCAUGUUUACAUUGAUUUUAAAUUACAUGAAAUAUUCAUAGGUUUUAAGAGUUCUCUCAUGUAAGUAUUGAAGUCGGGAGAUAUAUCAAACUUUGUAUUAAGCUGAGCGUGACGUCACGUGACACGACCCAUACUAACUACAUAGUAUGGUGCGCUACGUGUUUUAGUGUGAUUAGUGACGUCACAAGAUGUCCAAAUAUCUGUAUCUUGGGUAUUUUUAGAGAGGAUUUAAGAUAAGAGGCAUGUGUUGUGCACCUAUUUUCUAUAGGUACUUUUUCUUGUUAACUACAUCUACUAUUUAAAUAAAGAGGAAAGAUUUGAUUGUUUGUUUGUAAAAUUCUAUCAUCAUAGACCAGGGGUGGCCAACCGGUCGAUCGCGACUAUUAGUCCAGUCGAUCGUGGCAAGGCCAAAAAUACUACAUGAUUGUGUACUAAACUAUGCUGUUUCAUUAAAGAUUUCAAGAAGUAUGUAAGUGGUAGAUCACCCAGGCUUUUAUUAGUAAACAGAGCCCCGAUUACGGUAACUUUUAUAACGUCUACAAUCCAGACGCGUUUCUGAUUCUGCGAUACGAUUGGUCAAAACAGCUGACGUACGCUGUUGAACGACCAAUCGUAUCGCAGAAUCGAGAAGCGUGUCUGGAUUGUUGACGUUAAAAAUUACCGUAAUCGGGGCUCAGUACAUCUUAUGUCUAUUCAAGUUGUGCACCCCUGUCAUAGACUAGAAUUGGCGGUACGAAGUUCGCCGAGUCAACUACAAACGGACGACAUCACAUCUGACUAAUCCGAUCAAGCUAACUGCACACAUCGCUGAAAUGCGAUUCCCACGCAGACGCACACCACGCGCUCGCCCCGUCCGUAACAGAGCGUCGAUGUGACGUCACGGCUGCCGGGUGCGCAGUUAACUCGAUCAAUAGGUGACAUUUUUGUUUAAAUAUAGCACCUUUUACAAUUAUUUAAGGUGUAACAGUGUUGAGGUUGAUG